AUGAAAAGCCACCAGAAUUGCCUACAAGUCCAGAUGGGAGGUUCACCGGGAAUACCUGUCCAUCCUGUCCAUCCUUCAGGUCCAUUUGAAAAACUACCAAGGCCACCACCAGGUUUACAUAAGAAGCCUACAGAACAACCUACCGGUUCACUUCAAUGGUCAUCAGGACCAACUCCGAGUCCACAUGAGAAGCCACCAGGACCACCUCCAGGUUCCCCUGGGAAGCUUCCUGGUCCACUGAAUACUCCUACAGGCCCACAUCCAGGUAGUCAACCUGAAGAGCCUACUGGCCAACCGUCAGGUCCAUCUAGGAAAGGAUCAGUGCCACCUCCAGGUUCACCAGUAAAAUUUCCAAGACCUCCUGAUAGACCUAUAGACGCACCUGACAAACAUCCAGGACUUUCUUCAGAUCAUCCUGGUAACCCUACAGGACCACCUGAAAAAUCACCUGGCCAAUCUCCGGGUCCACCUGGACAACCUCCUGGUACACCGGGUACUAUUGCAGGCUCACCUUCAGGUCCCCAGAAAAACCCCCAUGGCCUUCUCCAGAUUCACCUCCAGGCCAACCUAGGAAACCUCUUGCCCAACCUUCUGCAUGUCCACCAGGGAAGCCUUCAGCUCCACCUUUAG